CGCGCCGACGCAGUGCCUAGUUUGAGUCGCGGUCUUGUGUGUUCGUGGCGUUCGGUGGUGUGUGACCGUGUGCCUCGGCCGUUUUGAAGUGCUUGUAUACGAGGCUGUCACGUUUUGCGUCCGAUUGAUUGCGGUGGGCGGUUGCCAAUCUCCCCCUGGGCAGUGAUUCACAUGACUUCGUCGACGAGUGAUCGCCGAUGCACGUUCAACAGACGGCAUUUUGAUUCGGAGGGCAUAUUGUUCACAUGGCGGAGCCGAAGGCAGAAACUCCUUAGAAGACCGUCUCGGCGGAUUUGUUGACGCGAAAUUUCACGAAGAAGCAGGACUUGAACGCGCACAUAUCUUACUAUUGAACUUGAAUAGAAAGUAAUGGGUUCGUUAGAACUGUCAGCUUUUUCGCUUGGUGAGCCAGGGUGCGUGAACGAAAUGCCGCUCGCAGAAGCCCCCCACCCCAUGGAAGAGGCUGUGAGGUCGGUCCUGCCACACCACGGCAACAUUGGCGCCACGCAAGACCGGAUUCCGGCGAACGCCGAACUACAAGCGUUCGACGCUGCCAUCACCAACCCACAGCCACCCAACACCGUGACCGCAAGUUCCAUGGUUUCCGGCUCCACAACCGCCAACACAGCCGAAGGCAGCACCGCAGUUGCCGACAUACCGGUGGCAACCACAGCUGCUGCCGGCCCCCUGGAGGCCAGCGGAGCGCACAUCCACAUACCGGAAACCAGGGCUGCAAUCGUCAACGAACUACUGACGUCCACUGAACCGGUGACCACCGAACUCAUCGUGAGAACGGUGAAGGCCAACGCCGAAAGCGUACAGUCCACGAAGUGGCGCAGGCAGAAGUUUUGUGACGCGUGGCUGCAAGACGGGCGGUUCAAGCAGUGGCUGGCAAAGGUGCCGACAACGCCAUACCACGCGCGGUGCAAGGUGUGCGACGUGGUGCUGAAGACGGGCAAGAGCGAGCUUGAGAAGCACGCAAAGGCCAAGUACCACCUCAAGGCCAUGAAGGCAAUGGACGAGACCAGGACCGUCCUGGGAAUCACCGCCGCCGCCGACGUUGAAAUGUCUUUGGAGCGGUCCAUGGACAAGUCCGUCGACAGCUCCUUCCAGAUAGACGAGGACGACUCUCCGCCACAACCCAUCCGAACAAGCACGCCUGCGAGACAACCUCGCUGCACACCGCCCCCGGCGGCGUUUGCCACACCCAAUGUCGCACCGCGGGUGCAAAGUUACGCCCCCGACUUCAAUGGCAUCGCCGUCUGGGGCGACCAGUUGCAGGAGACGCGGCUGAGCGACUACCACGGCAAGUUCCUCGUCCUGUUCUUCUACCCCCAGGACUUCGGCCUUGCGUGCUGCACCGAGCUGCUCGAACACAGCGACCGUGCGGCGGACUUGCGCAGCGCCAACGCGGAACUCCUUGCCGUCUCGCCGGACUCGUAUUGCACCCACCUGGCGUGGACCAACACUCCGCGGAAGUGCGGCGGACUCGGGCGGAUCAACUUCCCGCUGCUGUCGGACUUCAGCAAGAAGAUCGCCAGGGACUACAACGUGCACCUCGAGGACACGGGUGUGGCCCUGCGGGCGUCGUUUAUCAUCGACCCGCGAAGCAUGGUGCGGCACGUUUCGGUGAACGACCUGGGGUUGUACCGGUCGGCGGACGAGACGCUGAGGUUGCUGAAGGUCUUGGAGCACUUCGAGAGGCAGCCAUUGGCCAUCAGGGCUUCGUGGCAGCCGGAGUCGGCCAAUGAGGCGGCAGCAGCGGCCGAGGAGCAGCAGGUGGCGGCAGCGGGACACAUGACGCUUCGAAAACGUGCGUCGAAGUGAGCUUUCGGAAUGCGGAUCUGCAGCGAAUUUUGGGACGGUUCUCGCGAUGGAAUCCUACAAAUCUGUCCGUCUCGAUGCCUCACGCUGUCGUUACUUGUCCGUGCCUGUAACUCUUGCGGCGUUGCACACAACUCUCAAUGGGGAGUAAGGUUAAGAACAGCCGUGCCUCGAGAGUUUUGGAAUGUUUACACAACUCGCAAGUUGGAGACAAAAGUGAACAUUUCGGGUUGCCUUUUUGCCACUUCACGCUUAUGUCGGAUCAUGGGCUACAAUAGUUUGAAAGCCAUGUCGCGAGCGAUUAAAAUCGGGCUUAAGGGACCGGCAUUUACGGGAUAAUUGCACCUUUCAUGUUUUUACUUCGGUAAGUUUAAUGCUAAAGCAUUCGAGACAUACACUUGCCAGUUAAUCAAACCCAUAGAAAACUACAGCCUGUGGCGUCGGGAAGCUAUCUGAUCUGGAAUAACGCCGAAGGCACCAGCGAGCUACUGUAGUUCAAAAGUCACAAAAACUCUAAAGCCGAAGGUUUUUUUUGUGCCAAGGCCGACAAAAACUUCUGCGUCCUACUGGCGUUGGAUUUCGAAAUGUUGAACGAAAGUGAUCUAACCGAUUGACCGCACACUAAAAUGAAUUUCCUCGUAUUUUGCAAAUUGUGUACGAAAGUCUGACCAGUUUGUGCAGCUUUCCCAUUAUGUGUGAAUCAUUAACUUUUGAGGCAGUGCUAAGUCGUUCAUUGCUAUUGCUCUACGACAUUGUGGAGGCUCGUGAUAACAUGGCACCACUAUAAACACCUUAUUUUGUAAUGCUCGUUUCGAGAAAACGUGGUAGUGGUGUCUUCUUGCCUCAUGUCCACCUCAUAAGCUUGUGACAAGAUAUUUUGUUAUUGAAAUAAAUGCGACUAAAACACGUCA